CUCGACCGAGACAUUGUUAAGACUGAACUGUGUAGAAAAUUUCAUCGCGAUUGGACUCUCCUUUCAAAAGUUAUCGUGUUAACGGCCGGCCGGACGGACGGGCGGAUACACUGACCGAUUCUAGAGUGUACCCACUUUUUGAGUACACAAAAAGUGAGACUUCAGAACUUUGCAGUACGAGCGAUUCCAUUGAUACUUCAGAAUAGUGAAGUCUCGCUUUUCUCCCCUUGCUACGGAUAGUCACACGUUCGCUGUUUGUGUUAAUCACAACUUAUACUUGUUAAUGUAUUUCGAUAAUCUAUUUAUCUUUUCUUCAUCGAACUACGUAGUAGUUUUACUUAGUUUUAUGAAUAAUUUGUUUAAAAGAUUUGUAUUGAUAUUGUAACUUGUUCAUUUGGUAUGACUAAAAUCAUAACACUUGCACCAUCAACAGCGGUUAUUAAUAAUUCAUUAUUUGAUAUUGAAGUUACUGAAAAUGUAUCCGGAAGUUAUGAAGACAAUUGGAAAGUAGUUAAAGCUAAUCAAAUGAUUCCACAUUGGCCACGUUAUAUAAAAGAAGGUGUUAUGUGUGUUCGUUAUUUAGGAAGAAUGUUGUCCGCAAGUUGUUUUUCAAUAAAAGAUAUACAUCGAACAUUAUUACGUAUGGAUGAUAUUGAACGUCCUGCACUUCAUGUUGAAGUAACAGCAACAGAUUAUGAUGGAUUUAAAAUUAAUUUUUCUGAUUAUAAACCUGGUGAUGCUCCACUAUUAAUUGUUAAUUCUUUAUUAAAUCAACCAAUAUCAUUUUGUCAAAAAGAAGAUGUACAUACACAAGUAUUACCUCCACAAUAUUAUGUUUAUUAUACAUGGAAUGAUCCAUUAAAACCACAAGAAUUAAUUCUUUCAACUAAUAUAGAUAAUCUAACUAUAAAACUUAAUCCUGUUUGUGGUGUUAUUAAUAAAGAAAGUGAAAAUCCAAUAUAUUAUGCAAUAUUUCAUGAUGGUCCUCAAACAGUAUUAAUAUUUUCUUCUGAAACACAAAUUAUUGAAGCAGUAUCUAAUACAUCAUCAAUAAGUGAAUCGAUGGAUUCAUAUAUUCAAAUAGGUUUACGUUGUCUUGGUAUAUCAAUAAUAAAUGAUAUAAAUCAUGAAGAUUUACUUUAUAUCAGUUUAAAUCCAACCAAAGAUAUGUGGACUGAAACAAGAAAUUUUAAUGUUCAACCAGUUGAACAUAAACUUAAUCACUCAAUAGAAGAAUAUUAUAAAAAGUAUCAAGAAAAUUCCAAUGAACAACAAACAGAUCAAAAAUAUCAAAUUGAUAAAAAUCGCUAUGUUCAAUUUGAUGGAGAUGUAGCUGAGAUAAGUGAUGAAGAAGGUAAUAGUGUUCAUGUAAAACGAGAUACACUUGAUGGAUUUUGGACUGGAUUGGGUUUUUCAACAAGUAAUCAAGCUAUUCAUUUAAGAAUUAAUAAUUUACAAAUUGAUAAUCAACUUCCAAUAACAUUAUUUCCAACAAUUCUUUAUCCAAUUAUUUCAAAAGCAGCAGCAACUGAUAUACGUAUGAUAUUUUCAUUCAUUUCAUUUUGA